AGUCUUAUUUCCUUUUGUACACAUUACUUCACCUGUCUGUGCCUCAGCUUCCUCCUCGGUAAGAUGAGGAUAGCAGUACCUGCCUCGCAGUAUUGUGAGGAUUAAACAAGCUGACGAUCUCAAGCUCUGAGCACAGCCACUGCAAAAACGUCAGCUGCUAUUGUUUGGUAGCGAUGGAGGCAGUCCUUGUGGCUCAUGCUCAGGAACCAAAGUUUCUUAGCAAGGGAAUUAUACCGUAUACAACUGUAUGUAAGCUGUAAAUGACACAGUUGCAGUUGAACUUGCCCGGUGCAAAGAACACAGCAGGACUUGACGUCCUGGUGUCUUCCCUGUCAGUACUGUGCAUGGCUUGUUUUUCGAUCAGUCCAGAAACCCCUGCCCUGCCUGUUUCCUCAAGUUGGAAGAAAGUGCCAUGAUAUGAUGAAGGUACAGUGCCUGGAAGGUUAAAUGCCUUCUAUGCAGAGAAGACUUUUUUUGUUCUGGUUUUUAGAGAAACUGUGCGAGAGGAGGGAGGGUUCUGAAGUUACUGUUCUGCUCUGUCCUCCCGCCCCAGCCCUGGGAACCCUUUGCUUUCUGGUGUCAGGAAGAAAAACCCAGCCUGGCUUUCUGUGUGGUAACAGUCCGGGGCCCUGUUUGCUGGAUAGCAAGGGUGAGGGCUGGACCAGUUGGUACCAGGCCCAGUGUCUUGCACGCUGAUGCCACUUGACUCCCAGCAGCAGAGCUGGAGCGUGGCGCUUUGUCCAGUGUGUUAAGUGUCCCUGCCUGGGGGCAGGGGCUGGUGACAGAGCCAUCACGGGAUCGUCCUGAUGGCUGACCAGAACUUCCUGUGGAAGCCCUUUUUGUGCUACACGGUCUGCGCUUCCUCCCCCACGGGAAGAAGUCCACAUUUUGCCACUGACCCUUAACGACUUGUGGGCCUUCUUGCUUCCGAUGUUGGAGACAAGCCUACCUCACCUGUUGGCCUUGGUUUCUGUGUCUGUAAUGGAGAUGAUUGUAUCCACCUUACAAGGUUACGGAUCGAGUGUUGACAUCUGUACCCUGCCGAGGCCCCCCACGAUGACAGGCGGUUAGCAUGGCUGAGAAACCAGACCUGCACAGUGGGCCCGCAGGAGUGGGUUUCUGGCUGAGUCCUCGGCGGUCGGUGGCAGCCAGGAGAGGCCUCGGCAUCUGCAGCGAGGCGGAGACGGAGCCAUUCUGGAGCGCGUGAGCGGGCCGGAGCCCCACUUGCCCGGUCCAGCAUGGUCCAGAGGCUGUGGGCAAGCCGCCUGCUGCGGCAUCGGAAGGCCCAGCUCCUGCUGGUCAACCUGCUGACCUUCGGCCUGGAGGUGUGCCUGGCGGCGGGCAUCACCUACGUGCCACCCCUGCUGCUGGAAGUGGGGGUGGAGGAGAAAUUCAUGACCAUGGUGCUGGGCAUCGGUCCGGUGCUGGGUCUGGUCUCGGUCCCGCUGCUUGGCUCGGCCAGUGACCACUGGCGCGGGCGCUACGGCCGCCGGAGGCCCUUCAUCUGGGCCCUGUCCCUGGGCGUCCUGCUGAGCCUCUUCCUCAUCCCGAGGGCCAGCCGGCUGGCGGGGCUGCUGUGCCCGGACGCCAGGCCGCUGGAGCUGGCGCUGCUGAUCCUGGGCGUGGGGCUGCUGGCCUUCUGCGGCCAGCUGUGCUUCACGCCCCUGGAGGCCCUGCUCUCCGACCUCUUCCGGGACCCGGACCACUGUCGCCAGGCCUUCUCCGUCUACGCCUUCAUGAUCGGCCUCGGGGGCUGUCUAGGCUACCUCCUGCCUGCCAUCGACUGGGAUGGCAGCGCCCUGGCACCCUACCUGGGCACCCAGGAGGAGUGCCUCUUUGGGCUGCUCGCUCUCAUCUUCCUCACCUGCGUGGCGGCCACGGCGUUCGUGGCCGAGGAAGCAGCCCUGGGCCCAGCCGAGCCUGAGGAAGGGCUCUCCGCCCCCUCAGUGCCACCCUGCUGCCCGGGCCGUGCCCGCCUGGCCCUGCGGAGCCUGGGCGCCCUCUGUCCUCGGCUGCGCCGGCUCUGUUGCUGUACGCCCCGAGCCCUGCGCCAGCUCUUCGUGGCAGAGCUGUGCAGCUGGAUGGCGUUCAUGACGUUCACAUUAUUUUACACAGACUUCGUGGGCGAGGGGCUGUACCAGGGCGUGCCUGGGGCUGAGCCAGGCACAGAGGCCCGCAGACACUAUGAUGAAGGGGUCCGGAUGGGCAGCCUGGGGCUGUUCCUACAGUGCGCCAUCUCCCUGCUCUUCUCCCUGGUCAUGGACCGGCUGGUGCAGCGGUUCGGCACCCGGGCAGUCUACCUAGCCAGCGUGGUGGCCUUCCCCGUGGCGGCUGGCGCCACGUGCCUGUCCCGCAGCGUGGUGGUGGUGACCGCCUCGGCUGCCCUCACCGGCGUCACCUUCUCUGCCCUGCAGAUCCUGCCCUAUACGCUCGCCUCCCUCUACCACCGCGAGAAGCAGGUUUUCCUGCCCAAGUACCGAGGAGACGAUGGAGGCGGUGCCGGCGAGGACGGCGUGAUGACCAGCUUCUUGCCGGGCCCCAAGGCUGCAUCCCCUUUCCCCCACGGACACGGGGGGCCUGGCGGCCUGCUGGCAGCCCCGCCCGCUCUCUGCGGGGCCUCCGCCUGCGACGGCUCCGUGCGCACUGCCGUGGCUGAGCCGCCGGAGGCCAGGGCAAUUCCGGGCCGCGGCAUCUGCCUAGACCUGGCCAUUCUGGACAGCGCCUUCCUGCUGUCUCAGGUGGCCCCGUCUCUGUUUAUGGGCUUCAUCGUUCAGGUCAGCCAGUCCGUCACUGCCUACAUGGUCUCGGCGGCAGGCCUGGGUCUGGUUGCCAUUUACUUUGUCACGCAGGUAGUAUUUGACAAGAGUGAUUUGGCCAAAUACUCUGUGUAGGGUGCUCACCAGACACGGAGGGCGGAGGGCCUGCCUCCCGGGUCCGGCUCUCCCUGCUCAGCCUCCUGGGGCCGGGGCUGGCCUUGCCCUUUCUGCUGCUGCCAAAGUGGUUGGUGUGGCUCUCCGCUGCCUCCUGGUGGCAGCGAGGUGCUUCUUCCCUCCCACCUCUUUCCCUCCCAGCCCUAAGCCAGUCUUCAGGGCCGGCUGUCUUGGUAGCUCUUCAGAAGGCUUCAGUCUGGACUUCUUCAAGGGGAGAAGGGCAGGGCAUUUAAGUAAGUCCACGCACUGGAAUGCAGAACUCUGCCCAGGGAUCACCCAGGCUCAGGGUGGACAGCUAGAGUCCUGGUCAAGAUACACCCAGUGAAGGGAUUGGGGUAAAUCCCAAAUUUGAGUAAAUGCAACCACCUGUUCUAGCACCGAGGGCCUUUAUCCUGUAGGUUCUCCCAUCGUCGCUCCUGCGUGGGAGUUUCUACCGUGAGACUCUGCAGGAUUUGCAAGUACGAAAAGGACUUGGGGGGAGCAUGAUCCUGAGUGGUGAAGGCAAGCUGCCCCGCCCUCCAGCACCCCCUUUCUGCUAUUCCCCCUCUCCUACACUUAGGACUUUGCUUGCUGGCCCCUGUGGUGCCAUCACAGGGACCCUGGUCUUUAAAUAUUUAACUUAUUUAUUUAAGUAGAAGGAGAAUCAAGGUGUCUGGGAGUUGGGUAGGAUGAGAUCCUCGGCGACUAGGUCCCCUGAGAUGGUUGGUUAUUGGGUUGAGGGUUGCCAGAAUCUCCUUCUCCUGGAGGGAUUGGUCUGGCCCCAAACUGUCUAACCUUGACCUUGCAAACUCCACUCACCCCAACUGAUAUCCCAGCUCCUGGUACCCGAGGUGGGGAGGGCUGGGGAAUGUGAAGGGUGGGGCUCCAGGUCUCAGCAGCCUCCCUAGCACCCCCCACCCCGUGACCCUGCCAGCCCCCAAACCCCCAGCCUAGGGGGGCCUAGGACUGGGACUAGGCCUCCAAGCCUAGGACUUGGGCCUAGGACUGGGCCUCCAAGCCCACCUUUCCUCCCCCGCUCCACAGCCCCCUCCUUGGGGCUGUUUUGGGACCAGAAGCACAGAGUGUGGCUCCUUGAGCCUCUAUCCGUCUCAGCCCCCAGGGCAUAUCUGUGCUUAAGAACUCUAGCACAGAAACUCAGGAGCACCCCCUGCCUGGGCUAAGGAGGUCUUAUCUCUCUGGGGGUUUAAGUGCCGUUUGUAAUAAUGUCAUGUCUUAUUUAUUUAGCGGAGUAAAUAUUUUAUGCUGUAUGUGAGCAAUCAGAGUAUAAUGUUUAUGGUGAUGAAAUUAAAGCCUUCUUCUAUGUUUCA